CCAGUGAAGGUGUGGCCUCGCAAGAACCCAACACAGCGUGCAGGUAGACAGCAUAAAGCCUGAUCGUGGUGCUGAUCUGCUCUAUUACAGUGACUGUCUGCACCUGGACAAUGAUACGGACACUCCUAUUGUUGUUCUUCAUCCUAAAUGCUUCGUUCAAGCCCUCAGAAAGCCACGGUCCUGAGUUCAAGGAGGCCAAGGACUAUGAGGUGGUUCGACCUGUCAGAAUUCACACCGUCAGAAAAAGAAAUGCAGAGCACCUCAGACCACAGACUAUUAAGUAUGCAAUGACCGUGGGAGGAAAGGACAUUGAAAUGCAGCUAGAAAGAAAUAAUGAAUUACUAACCAAUGACUACACCGAGACAUACUAUCAAGACGACGGCACUGAGGUCACCACAACACCGUCUGACAUCGAUCACUGCUACUAUCACGGGAGGAUUGUGAACGACAGCGAAUCAUCUGCCAGUAUCGCCACUUGUGAUGGGCUCAGGGGCUACUUCCGAACGUCUGCCCAGAGGUACCUGAUCGAGCCUCUAUCUGGUGACGAUGAGGGGGACCACGCAGUGACCACGUUCGAUCCCAAGAACUUCACGCCUGCAGUGUGUGGUGUGACCAACACCAGCUGGAGUGAUGACUUUGAACCCCCAACCAGCCGCAGCCGCUCCAGGUCAGGGGGUGUAUCUAUUUUGCAGCAGCCAAAAUACAUUGAGCUCUACCUUGUUGCUGAUAACCGUGAGUACAAGAAGAUGAAAGAAGACCGGACUAAGCUGAGAAACCGGAUCUUUGAAAUUGUCAACUUUGUCAAUGUGGUGUACAAGCCCCUGAAGACCUUCAUUGCUCUGGUGGGGCUGGAGAUCUGGUCAAAUAAUGACUUGAUAACUGUGACCCCGCCUGCUGGGGCCAACCUGGACGCGUUCAUGAAAUGGAGGAACUCUGAGCUGGUGAAAAAGAAGAAACAUGACAACGCUCAUCUCAUCAGUGGCAUUGACUUUGAAGGGGCAACCGUGGGCCUUGCUUUCAUCGGGACUCUCUGCUCCGGUCACUCUGUCGGGGUAGUACAGGAUCAUAAUGACCGCGCCAUUGCCGUGGGAGCCACCCUGGCUCAUGAGAUGGGCCAUAACCUGGGCAUGGACCAUGACGACUCCAGCCGCUGUGUUUGUUCCGGGGAUAGCUGCAUCAUGGCUGCAGCCCUCAGCUGGAAUGUCCCUCGCAGCUUCAGCAGCUGCAGCAGCAACAGCUAUGAAAGGUACCUGACAGACCGCAGCCCCGGCUGCCUGCUAGACAAACCAGACUACAAAAGUAUAGAGGCUCCUGCAGUCUGUGGAAAUGGUUUUAGAGAGGAAGGGGAGCAAUGUGACUGCGGCACUGCACAGGAGUGUACCAACCCAUGCUGCAAUGCCACCACCUGCAUGCUGACAGAGGGUUCACAGUGCUCUGACGGAGAGUGCUGUGAGAAGUGCAAGAUCGCCCCUCGCUCUUUAGAGUGUCGCAGGAAGCGAGAAGACUGUGAUCUGGCUGAGUACUGCGACGGGAAGAACUCCACCUGCCCCGAGGAUGUGUUUGCUUUGAACGGGUUGCCGUGUGACAAGGGCCUGGGGUACUGCUAUAACGGCCGGUGUCCACAGAGGCCUGACCAGUGUGUCAAGAUGUAUGGAUAUGGUGCCACUGAGGCCCCUCAGUACUGCUAUAACUACAACACCAGAGGACAAUACUAUGCCUUCUGCAGACGUCCCUCCAAUGAUCAGUACAUCCCCUGCCAGAGUCAAGACACAUUGUGUGGGAAGCUCUUCUGCCAAAACGGCAACGAAAACCCAAACUACGGCCGAAUGGUGAAAGUGGGCGACUGUAAGGCGUCCUUCUACGGCGACUACACCCAGGACUACGGCCAGGUGGACACGGGGACCAUAUGUGGAGAUGGGAAAGUGUGCAACCAGAAUCAGUGCAUGGACCUCGAGACGGCUUACAGGAACAUAAACUGCUCUGCAAAUUGCUUGGGCCACAGUGUUUGCAACCACAGAAGUGAGUGUCAGUGCGAGCCGGGCUGGCUGCCUCCUAACUGUGAUUCCGUGGAUGAGGAGUUCAGUUCCCUUUCUGCAGGAGCAAUCGUCGCCAUCGUGCUGAUCGUUACACUGCUGCUCACAGGGGCUGUGGCCAUCGGAUUAGCCAUUUUCUUUAAAAGGCGACAAAGCAUGUUGCCACUUGGGCGGACAACCAGGAAGCAGACAGAUAUGCGCUUUGUCCCUCAAAGGCCAGCGCCCAGUGCACCCGUGGCAGUCAGACAGGCUGGCACGCCAAAGCCCAAAGGACCUCCACCUCCGCCCCCUCCUGCAGGGAACAGGCCCAAACCCCCGAUGCAGAACUACAUGGCUGCACGUCAGGCUCUGAGGCCGGUACCUCCACCAAUGGUCUGACACACUGCCAACUAUUAAUACGCCAUGGGAGACUCGCCCUUAUUCACGGCUCUCAGUGAGAGGCUGCUGGUGGUCCAGAGAAAACAAAUGGAAUUAUUUAUGCGCUGCAAGUGGGACAUGCUGGACUCCUAAUUGUUACUAGCAUGCAAUGCACUGAGGACACAGGGAUUUUAAAAUGCACUUUUUAUACUGUCAGGUUUGCGCAGCUAGAAGCUGCCCUGGUCCUAAAUGUGAGCCAUGGUUUAUAUUAUAUCACAUAACUCGUGUGUAUGUGUGUGAGUGAAAUAUUUUAUGUUUAUUUUAUGUUUAUGUUGUAUUUUUAUAUGUAUACUUUUAUCCUGACCCCUGAAACUAUUCCGAUCUGUAAUAAGAUGAGAGAAAAAGCUCAGGCAGUUGAGUUGCAGUGUUAAAGAAAUACUGUUUAAGAAAACAUCACCCAAAUGUUCCGUAACACUGAAAAUACUGUUAUUAAAUAUCCCCACCUCACAACUACUUAGUACUUAGUAACUAGGAUGUCUGUGGUUCAGUAGUGGAGUAGGGCGGAGUUUAUAUGGUACACAAGUAUGAGAGUUGAGAUGGUCGAGAUCAAGUUUUGACAUUUAACCGAAACUUUUGAGCGCUACCUCCUCGGCUAAUGGACGCCAAAGUCAUACCGCUGCUCGUCUCAACUGAGUUCACUAUGUGAACGCACACGUAAUGUUAAACAAACGAACUAAAAACUAGACGUCCGUGAAGACUAAAAAAUAAUAACCAAAAAACAAAGGCAAGAGGAUUGGAUCUUCAGCCCACUUACACCUAAAGGGAGCCCACUGUAGCCAAAGAAGAGGAAUGAGAGAAGCCUUCUCAUCUGAAAACUCCUGACUAAACAUGUGAGGUUGACUGAAACGCCACCAAACCACUCGCAGCACAGCCUUAACAUCUGCUCCCAAAAAGCUUUUUGCGUUCACACUUUUAAACUCCUCACCAGACCUUCUGGACGGGAGGUGUCACUCGGAAGAUGUUGGGGGAAACAAGUCCAGUUGUCUUUGUUUCAGCUUUGUCUUUGGGUCAAAAAAAAUAUUUCAGGUCCUUGUUUGAGUAAGGAUAUGAUGCAAACAAAAAGCAGCUUGUGCGUACUGUGAGGAUACUAAGAGUGUUCAGAUUACUGUAAAUGUUACAAAUGAAUACUGUUUAUUUUUGUCGUGUGCUCAUGUGGAUGACUGUGGAAGCUGAAUGAAGUGUCUCUUGCGCUUAAACAGCUUUUUUUUUUUUUUUAAAUAUAACCAAUUGCUGUAAUGAAUGAGAUGAAAUAAAUUGGAUUUGUACAAAUAAACUGAAAUAAAAUAUUCUACACCUUGAA